AGCCCACAGUGCCUCAUAGGAGGGGAGGGGGGGGCUGCACAUCGCUGCUGUAUCCUCUGCUUGGCGCUCUCCGUCCCCGCUCCAGCAUCCUCAACAGCCCAUGCUCGGGCUCCCUCUCCUCCAAACCGACACACACUUCCUCUCCUGUGCUCGGAGCCCUUCUCGACAUGGAUGUCCCAUCGUACCACGACCCGACGGAUUGUUGCAUCUCGCUGCAGUGAAGAAGAAGAAGAGCAGAGAAGAACCAUGCCGGGACUGCUAAUGGAUUUUGGGAGCGCGCAAGUGACCAUGCCGUGAUCUUGCGCAUCCAAAAAAAAAAACAAAAAAAAACAAGAAACGACUGCGACGAGAACGGGGGGGAUAUCGAACUCACGCACCGGCGGGAUUAAAACCACCGUGCAUUCUUUUUUUUUUUUUUUUUUUUUUUGCAAACAACAUGAAGAUUACCUCCCGUCCUCUGAUGAUAAGCAGUGUCGUUUUCAGGUCCAAGCUCAGGCUCAUUCCGCUUCUGCUGCUCUUUCUUGGUCACACUCGCGGGAUGCCACACGUUCUAAGAUUCGGAGGAAUAUUUGAAUCUAUUGAGAGUGGCCCCUCGGGAGCGGAGGAACUAGCCUUUAAAUUUGCCUUGAACACAAUCAACAGGAACCGCACCUUGCUCCCCAACACCACGCUGACCUAUGACAUCCAGAGAAUAAACAUCUUUGACAGCUUCGAAGCAUCCAGGAAAGCAUGCGACCAGCUCUCCCUGGGAGUGGCGGCCAUAUUCGGCCCGUCCCACAGCUCAUCGGCCAACGCGGUCCAGUCCAUCUGCAACGCUCUGGGUGUCCCCCACAUCCAGACCAAGUGGAAGCACCAAGUGUCCGACAACAGAGACUCGUACUAUGUCAGCCUGUACCCCGACUUCUCCUCCCUUAGUCGAGCCAUCUUGGACCUGGUGCACUUCUUCAAGUGGAGGACUGUCACUGUGGUGUAUGACGACAGCACAGGUACAGGACUCAUUCGACUGCAGGAGCUGAUCAAGGCGCCGUCACGAUACAACAUCCGUUUGAAGAUUCGACAGCUGCCCACUGAGACCAAGGACGCUAAGCCACUACUGAAGGAGAUGAAGAAAGCAAAAGAGUUCCACGUCAUCUUCGAUUGCGGACACGAGAUGGCUGCCUGGAUACUAAAACAGGCUCUGGCCAUGGGGAUGAUGACAGAGUAUUAUCACUAUAUUUUUACCACCCUGGACCUUUUCGCCCUGGACAUGGAACCGUAUCGUUACAGUGGAGUCAACAUGACCGGCUUCCGAAUCCUCAACACUGAAAACUCUCAGGUGUCGUCCAUCAUUGAAAAGUGGUCCAUGGAGCGGCUACAGGCUCCGCCCAAACCGGACUCAGGCCUAUUGGAUGGAUUCAUGACGACGGACGCAGCUCUGAUGUACGACGCGGUGCACGUGGUGGCCGUGGCGGUCCAGCAGUCGCAGCAGAUCACCGUCAGCUCCCUGCAGUGCAAUCGCCACAAGCCGUGGCGCUUCGGGGGGCGCUUCAUCAGCCUCAUCAAAGAGGCUCACUGGGAUGGCUUGACCGGCCGCGUUCUCUUCAAUCAGACCAACGGACUUAGAACAGAUUUCGACCUGGAUGUCAUCAGCCUGAAGGAGGACGGACUGGAAAAGAUUGGGACAUGGGAUCCUCCAAGCGGUCUGAAUAUGUCUGAAACUCACAAAAGCAAGACAUCCAUCACCGAUUCUCUGGCUAACAAAUCCCUGCGUGUAUCCACCAUACUGGAGGAGCCAUAUGUCAUGUUUAAGAAGUCGGAUAAACCACUGUACGGAAAUGACAGAUUUGAAGGUUACUGCAUCGACCUGCUAAGGGAGCUCUCCGGAAUACUGGGCUUCCAGUACGAAGUUCGAUUGGUUGAAGAUGGCAGGUACGGGGCCCUGGAUGAGGGAACAGGCCAAUGGAACGGGAUGGUGCGCGAGCUUAUGGAUCAUAAAGCCGACCUGGCAGUAGCUCCCCUCGCCAUCACCUACGUGCGAGAGAAGGUCAUUGACUUCUCCAAGCCCUUCAUGACGCUGGGGAUAAGUAUCCUGUACCGCAAGCCCAACGGAACCAACCCAGGGGUCUUCUCCUUCCUAAACCCCCUCUCACCUGAUAUCUGGAUGUAUAUUCUGCUGGCUUGCUUGGGUGUCAGUUGUGUGCUGUUUGUCAUAGCCAGGUUUAGCCCCUACGAAUGGUACAACCCCCACCCGUGCAACCCAGACUCGGAUGUAGUGGAAAACAAUUUUACGCUGCUCAAUAGUUUCUGGUUUGGAGUCGGAGCUCUCAUGCAGCAAGGCUCAGAGCUCAUGCCCAAGGCGCUGUCGACGCGAAUAGUGGGAGGAAUCUGGUGGUUCUUCACCCUCAUCAUCAUUUCCUCCUACACGGCCAACCUGGCUGCUUUUCUCACAGUGGAGAGGAUGGAGUCGCCCAUCGACUCUGCAGAUGAUCUCGCAAAGCAAACCAAAAUCCUCUACGGUGUGGUGGAGGAUGGGGCGACCAUGUCCUUUUUCAAGAAGACCAAGAUCUCCACCUAUGACAAGAUGUGGGAAUUCAUGAACAGCAGGAGGCAGUCAGUGAUGGUGAAAAACGUGGAGGAGGGCAUCCAGCGUGUCCUGACAUCAGAGUAUGCCUUCCUCAUGGAGUCGACCACCAUUGAGUUUGUCACCCAGCGCAACUGCAACCUCACUCAGAUCGGAGGCCUCAUCGACUCCAAAGCUUACGGAGUGGGAACGCCAAUGGGGUCUCCAUACAGGGACAAGAUCACCAUCGCCAUUCUGCAGCUGCAGGAGGAAGGGAAGCUGCACAUGAUGAAGGAGAAGUGGUGGAGGGGCAAUGGCUGUCCAGAGGAAGAGAGCAAAGAGGCCAGCGCUUUGGGGGUGCAAAAUAUUGGAGGCAUCUUCAUUGUACUUGCCGCCGGACUGGUGUUGUCUGUGUUCGUGGCCGUGGGGGAGGUUCUGUACAAAUCGAAGCAGAACGCCCAGCUGGAGAAGCGAUCGUUCUGCAGUGCCAUGAUGGACGAGCUGCGCGUGUCUCUGAAGUGCCAGCGUCGUCUUAAGCAGAAGCCUCAACCGCCUGUCAUCGUUAAGACGGAGGAAGUCAUCAACAUGCACACGUUCAAUGACAGGAGACUCCCGGGAAAGGAAACCAUGGCAUGAAUUUCACAAAAAAAAAAAAAAAAACUCCCCUCAGUAUGUGGGGAGAGCAAAAGGGGGAACGAGGGUGACAUCAUGGCCGACCUCAUCGCUGUCUGAGGUUGGCGGUCACACCAAGGAUUCCUUUUUAUGGAUUUGUAGAGAGAUGUUUCCUGUGGAAAUAAAGCAAGCUGAGCAGUGUCACCUCACUGUGAAGUUCACUUUUUGAAGGCAGCUGGAAACGCUACAAGUGGACUAACACACAACACACACUCACACACACACACACAUAGUGACACAGGAUGUAGUUUUUCUGUUCAUGUCUAAAAGCCCCUGUGUGACCCCUAUAUGACCCCUUCCUCUCCCCCCUCCUUAGUUUCUUUAGGAUCAUUUGGAGAAGAAAAAAUAACCAAGAAGGAGAAAAGUAGUUGUUGCCAAACAAGUUUUACGAUGAACUGCUGUGUAUAUUUCGGAAAUCAUCUUUCAUUGUAUCUUGUCUUUCUUCUCGUGCCAAAGCUUUGGUUGAAAAGCCUCAAUGUAAACGCUUCAAUGGUCUCUGGAUAAGUUGUUGUUUGGAUUCAUGCAGGAUUUCUACAACACUUUCUUUUUGUACAAGACAUUUUAUAGGACUUUGUACCAUGGUAGCCCCCCCAUCCCGCGACCCCGCCCCCCUCCCGAGGACACAACAUGUAGCCGACGCAAAUGAAGCCUUCGAUCGGACUCUGACAACUGAUCCCAACUGAGGCUUCCUCGUUGCUCUGUAGGAUUCACCCCCACCGCCCCCCCACCCCAAAACCAACCCCCCCCCCCCCUCCCCUCCCAGUUUUUGUCUUUUCAUCUUAUGUGUGUUGGAGAAAAUGUGGCUAUGUAAUAAAGCUAUGC